GGAAGCUUCAGAAGAAAACAAUGAUUUUCGGCAGAAUAUUAUCACCAGGCAUGGGUAGGAAGAUGGAUACUUAGCUGUUGAUGUCUGUUUAUGAAGACAAUUCAAAGGAAUGGUUGGAGAUGCUGAACAAGAAAUCAUCCAUUUCGUGAAGGAGGGGACUCAUUCCGUCAGACCGUCAACAGUGGACGUGACCAGUGGAUGCAGGAAGGAUGGUUUGGCGAAAGAUGAACUUCUGCCCCUACGGCACCCGAAUGGCUUCGGAGAAGGCGACCUGCGGAACCAAGGAAUGCACCGGGAAAUGAAAGAUGGGCUCGCCGUGAAAAGCGUCCAUUUCCCCCACCCCUUGACUGAUGACUCACCCGGUGUCCAGUCACUGGGGGGAGGUACCGCGGACACCCAAAUUACCAAUGAUGAAGAACGAGAUAGAUUCAAAGAUACCAGGGAGGUACGGGGACUGUACCGAGAAAUCUCCCGCAUCUACGGGCUGGAUUUCUGGGAGGAACUGGGCCGUCCGGAGUCCGUCCACGCCCCGUCAUUUGACCACGAUACUAGUGGUCACUCGGAUGAUCAAGCGUUGGUCAUUAUGGACAAAGAGGCCCUUGACCAUAGACUGUUGACCAAAUCCUUUCUGAACUAUUUGUCAUGAAACUUGAAUCAGCAUGAAUAAUAAGGU